UCAGUCGCAGCAGCGAGCCGAGGAGUCUGAGUGAUAACAGCGAUAGAACCAGAAACAAAAUAGUAUUUUUUUUAUUAACUUGGCGUAUUUUUUGGAUUAUACAGACCUAAAUUUGUGUGUUAAUUUACUUUUAAUUGAACCCAUAGUAGUAAAGGUCUUUUCAAUAAUCACCGGGUACUCGUUUCUUCGCUUCCGUGUUUGUUAACUCUGUUACUUCAAAGCAUUUUAUCGUUUUAUAAACGAACCGGUCGCCAUGGCAACAGCGGCACUGGAUAAGAGCGUGUCUCGGAGCGGUAACGUGUCCAAACUGGAGCGACUGAACUGUCGUGUGAUGAAGCUGCUGACGGCGGCGGUGCAGGAGGUGCUGGAGGCUGUAAAAGAAACUGUGUCCGAAUAUCAGGAGAAAACGUCUCGGACGCAGAGGGAGAACGAAAGGCUGCGUCUGAAAUUACAGGAUGCCUUGAAGAGCCUGGAGAAAGAGCGGGAAGUUUCAAGACUCGCAUCUAUCUCCUUGUCCAUUAACCGUCCGUCCACUGAGUCUCCGCAGACCCCUGAAGUUCAACAAGUCUCUUCUUUAAAACAAGAUUCAGUUGUUAAAGCAGACGCAGAACCAGAGGCAGUGUGUGACCUGCAAGUGGCGUUUACGCUACCGCCUGCAAGCACGUCAAGAGCCGAACAGGUCAACGCCUCAGAUUUGAACCGCACCAUUAAAAGAAUGGAACAUGGCACUUGUGUUGCUGAUGCCUCAUCAAGCGUAGACGUUAAAACCGAACCUGUUGCGUCCGAAUGUUCUCAACAGCAACAGCAACAACAACAGCAACAACAACAGCAACAGCUCAGUCAAGUUUUAGUUACCAUGGGUGAGUCUCAGAGAGAUGAGACAACCAGGCAGGACAACACCAGCUCUAGUCUGUACGUCCAGUCGAACCUCAGCGCACUCGGAAGGUGUCUCGGGAACAACUGGAGGACAUCGUCUUCCCUGCAAAGACUGGAAAGACAACGUUACAGUCCACGAGAUGAGGAGCACCACGUUUGCCACGUUUGCGGGAAGACCUUCAGUCGUGUCGGGAACCUUCGGAUCCAUCAGAGGUGUCACACCGGAGAGAAACCGUAUCGUUGCCUGGUGUGUGGCCGCUGCUUUAGCCAAGCUGGAGAUCUGAAAAAGCACAGAAGGGUCCACACUGGAGAGAAGCCCUACUGCUGUGUCCAGUGUGGGAAAAGCUUCAGCAGAGGCGAGAAUCUAAAGCGGCAUCAAAAGAUCCACAUAGGAGACAGGUUACGCCGCCAGAGUAUGUGGAAAGAUUCUCAUGGGCUGGCCAUUUGAUAUUUAUUUAUUUAUAUAUAUUUUUUGGGGGUGGGAUUCCUGUAGAGGAGCAAUGAAGACAAGGUCUAAAUAUGUGCUGGUCACAAAGAGGAGGAGGGGGAUUUAUUGUUAUUGUCAGAGGAAUGCAACACAUUGGGUGGGACAUGAUGUUAGGGAUAAAUCAUCAACUAACGUGCUAAUUGUGGCGUUGCUUCAUCAGAAGAAAAAAAAAAACAGGAUUCCAGCAUGGUUAGGGGCAGGGCUUUUUUUCUUUUAACAGACUUAAAAACUAUCAGGAGGAACCUGAAAUUAAUAAAAUCAGUUUUUCUAAGAA